GUAUCUUUCAGUGAUGUGUGAUUUUUGGAAAGCUGUGCACAUGAAAUUCCAACCAGCCCGUGCUGGGUUUCACUUGGUUGCAAGUGUUUAAGAAUUAAGAGUCGCUUUCUUCGGCAGAGAGUAAGAGUUUCAGUUUGCUGCACACACAGGACUAAUCCCUGUACUGCUGAGCUCCAUCUGGGAAGACAAUAUGGCUAUGAAACUUGCUGGUCUGGUGUUGGGAGGCCUUGGCUUUGUAGGAACUUGUGCUGUCACCGGCAUGCCCCAAUGGAGAGUGACUGCCUUCAUCGAUAGCAACAUUGUGGUGUUUGAGGCACACUGGGAAGGAUUGUGGAUGAACUGCAUCAGGCAAGCCAACAUCAGGAUGCAAUGUAAGAUAUAUGAUUCACUGUUGGCACUGCCACCUGACUUGGAGGCUGGCAGAAUGUUGAUGUGUGUGGCUAUCUGCUUGACAUUCCUUGCUUUCAUGAUCUCCAUCUUUGGCAUAAACUGCACUGGGUUUAUACUUCUGAUAGCUGGCAUAAUAUUCAUCCUUUCUGGGAUAAUUGUUCUGGUUCCAGUGUCCUGGGUCGGUUAUCGGAUCAUCCAGGACUUCUAUAAUCCCCUUGUUCAUCCAUCUCAGAAGAGAGAACUGGGCGAAGCACUGUACAUUGGGUGGACAACAGCAUUGGUUCUUAUUGCUGGAGGGAUAAUCCUUUGCUGUUCCUUCCAGAGCAGUAAAAAAGAAGUCAGAUACAGCCUGCCGCCUGAAUCAGUAACCAGUGUUCCACCACCUGAAUCAGUAACCAGUGUUCCACCGCCUGAAUCAGUAACCAGUGCUCCACCGCCUGAAUCAGUAACCAGUGUUCCGCCACCUCAAUCAGUAACCAGUGUUCCACCGCCUGAAUCAGUAACCAGUGCUCCACCGCCUGAAUCAGUAACCAGUGUUUCACCGCCUGAAUCAGUAACCAGUGUUCCACCGCCUGAAUCAGUAACCAAUGUUCCACCGCUUGAAUCAGUAACCAGUGUUCCACCGCCUGAAUCAGUAACCAGCGUUCCACUACAGAAGCCUUCAAGCCUCUACGAAAGCCAAGAUGUGUUAAAAGGAUUACUUAGUACAGAUAUCAAUUGAAACCUACAAAGAGAUCAACUGGGAUCAAAGCAGGAAUUGCAAAGGACUGACUGGUUGUGACUGAAACUGAAACUCUUUGCACUGCAGAAUGGGAGAGUAAGAUAGUGAGCCAUUUGAGAUUGCUGAACAUUGGUCACUACAGAGUGUCUUAUCAAGGGAUUGAGAUAACACAGGACUUCAUUUUGUUCAAGAUUUAAGGAUAGUACUUUUGGGGAGCUGAUGCAAUAAUUAUGAGCCUAUGGACAUUUGUAACUAACAGAAUGGUUUUAUUGUUUUUUUUCUGCACCAGAAUAUUUCCUUUCAGCUGCCGUGCAAGUAACACCGGGUGCCAGAGAAAGAAAAAGUGGCUUCAGUUGUAGAACUAGGGGGCCACAGGCCCAGGGGCACCUAGGCCCUCCCUGUCUGCCUAGCAAUUAAUCAGCAAUCAAUGUUUCACGAGACAAGUGCAAUUAAAAAUAGUAAAAACCAAAAUAAGCUAAGUGGCUAUAGGUUGGCCAUUGUCAUGGCCAGUGAGCUUACACAAUGGCAGUGGGCAGAGCAUCUAUAAUGGGGGGGGAUGUAUGCGUGCUUAAUGCAUGUUGGGAGCUGUGGUUGAAUUGAUGACGUCUAUCUGAGACAGUGAGCUGGAGAUAUGGUGAUUACUUUUUAAAAUGAUUUCAUGAGUAUUAGUGAGAGCCCACCCCUUGGCAUUUUAAUACAUUUUUAAGAGGCAAAAAAGUACAGAGGGAUAAGAUCUACAUUUGUAUUUUAACCCCAAAACAUAAGAAUGGAUACAAAUGAACAUGAUGAGGAACAUCAGGUCUAAUCUUGGAGCUGCCCUCUGUUGACUUUUCCCCAUUUUCCCAUCUCAGCCAUAGACUUGCUGCCCCCAAUGUAUUGCUUCCCCAGGGCAAAAAUCACACCUUUUUAUUAAUGCAAUGUUAAAAACUUUGUUGCUUCGGAAAGCCAGAAGUGGGAGUCAUUUUCGAUGCCUUAUAUUUUUUUUAUAAUUGUGUAUAACAUAGUUGUGUAUAACUUAUUAUUGGGUAUUAGCAUUACGUCUUCAGGUUCCAGUACACAAUUCCGCAUCUCCCAGCAUUCAUAGUAAGGCAGCUCCCAGCAGCUUUCAGCUACCAUAAUCAUGGAUAGUCAUUGGCAGGAGAUAGCUCUCCAAUCAGUAUGUUGUCUUGCUGUUGCUGAACUACUCCCAUCACCAAGUUAAAGGUCCCUGCUAUACAUUGUGAAUGCUGUACGGAUUCACUGAAUUACACUGUAGCAAAUGCUUUAUAUUAAUGGUUCAAAAGGAAACUAUCCAAGACUUUUAACCACAUUCCUAUUGAACGGGGCCCUUGUGUGUUUUGAAUUUUCUAUCCAUUUAGUUAAGCUAAAUGCAGUCAGUCUUACAGUGUUUUGUUUUCAUGUUAUUUUUAAUGGGGAGAAUUUUCUAUGUUUCGAUGUUAAUUUAUUUAUAUGUUUUACAUGAUAACCACCUGAUGUAAAUGAGAAAUGAUCUCUGUAAAGUUAUCUGUAACUGUGUUGGCACUGUAUAAAUAAAGAAUAUUAAAUAACUGUUA